UCUUGUUCCUUUCUCUCUCUCUCUCCCUCUCCCCUAUCAGGUUGAAGCUGGGGAUGUGAAUGUGUGGUCGCUGUGCAUGCUGGGCUCAGAUUGCAGACACACACAAGAGACAGAGAGAAUGGUGGUACUGUUCGUGUUGUUAGUGUAGGUCGGAGCUGCAGGAGGAGAGAGGGGAGAGAGAGAGAGGCAGAGGGAGCGAUGCUGCCUUGUCUGAAGUCUGGCUCUGUCUGAGCCGCCACUCUCUCCUCCCUCUCCCUCCCCUUCUCUCAGGUCAGUUUCACUCUGGUUACUUUCAGCGACGUUGUAACCAACGCAUCACAGCCCUGGCCACGCCGGGAGAGUGCAGUUUGAUAAUCUUUCUCCUGUAUUCCCCUCCGCCCAAGAGGAAGAAGAGGAAGAAAAAAAGAAGCCAGGCUCUGGAGGGGGUAAGCAUUUGCUAGCAAGUUUGGGGGGGGAAAGAGAGAGGAAAACAAAAAGCCUGCCUUUCUCUGCAUCUCCUCAGUGAGAUGGUAACCCAUGAAGCUCACUGUCAGGAACAUGGUUGAAAGGACCAACAAAUUCAUUCUGAUUAUUGCUGGCUCCGCAAUUUUCAUGAUAAUCAUUUUCCAGUACGUGUGCCCGGGGACCAACUGCAGGAUCUCGGCACCCCGGGGUUUCCAACACGAGCAGGAGGCAGUGGAUAUAUUCCCGACGCCCGACCCGCACUACCUGAAGAAGUAUUACUUCCCGGCGCUGGAUCUGGACAGGACGGUGGAUUUUGACAUCAAAGGCGACGACGUGAUCGUCUUCCUGCACAUCCAGAAGACCGGCGGCACCACCUUCGGCCGGCACCUGGUGCAGAACGUCAAGCUGGAGGUGCCGUGCGAGUGCAGGGCCGGCCAGAAGAAGUGUACCUGCUACCGACCCAACCGCAAGGAGACCUGGCUGUUCUCGAGGUUCUCCACCGGCUGGAGCUGCGGUUUACACGCCGACUGGACCGAGCUGACCAACUGUGUGCCCGGAGUGCUGAACAAGAAGGAAAGCAAGAACAGAACUCCCAGGUAG